GACAAAAUAGAGCUUCCUUGCUCAUGAUUGGCUCACUCCGUUCAAACCUUGGUGUUUCAAUUUCAAGCUCCAAAUAAUCACCUCGGAACUUUGACCUCCAAAAAAAUACUUUUUUUAAAGGACAACAUAUCAGAUAUCGACUUGACAUCUGUUCAAAUAUCUCCCUUAACCCCCCCUUCUUAUCGUCGCGAUGUCAUUCGAUUUUCGAUAGUAUAUCUAAAUAAAUUGUUUCAUCCUUUUAUUCCGUAUUUACUCCUGCAAUUUGCGUAAGGGUAAAAAUGGGAUCCAAUACGACGACUAGUUACAAACAGAUGAAGGAGGACUUCGUGUCCAACUUGUCAGGAGGCUCGAUCGCUGAAAUUAAUUGUGUGACUGCUGUUGGACCUAUCGCCUUCACCCUAUGGUCUAUAUUGCAAGCACGCCAAUCCUUUUUCAAAACGUACAGACCACUAAGCUUCUUGGUCGAUUUCCUCCUAAAUGUCGUGGCUAUACUACUAUCCAUAACGCUCUACGCGAACACACCAUUAUUACUUUCCGGCCUGAUUCUUGUUCCUGCCAUAUUCGUCUAUGCGCUACCUCCAAACCCCGCCGCAUCGCGAAAGAAGCCCAAGCUCCCUCCCAAUGCGCAGUCGCAAAGAUCACCCGGUACACUCAGCGUUCUAUCCACGAAGCCUUUCUUGACGACAUAUCGAGGAUCUAUGUUGGUUACCACAUGUCUAGCAAUAUUGGCCGUGGAUUUUAGACUAUUUCCUCGUAGAUUCGCCAAGGUCGAAACAUGGGGUACCUCAUUGAUGGACGUGGGUGUGGGGUCAUUCGUCUUCUCAGCAGGUGUUGUUGCUGCGCGACCAGUUCUGAAAGAGAGGGCUGAGGGUCGGAGGACGCCGUUGGCCCAGAGACUUCUAUACUCGAUGCGCCACUCGCUUCCUCUUUUGGUUCUCGGCAUCGCCCGGUUCAUAAGCGUUAAAGGUAUCGACUACGCCGAACAUGUCACCGAAUACGGCGUCCACUGGAACUUCUUUUUUACGCUAGGCUUUCUGCCCCCUUUCGUUGCACUUUUCCAGUCAGCCUUGAAGAUCAUUCCAUCUUAUGCAGCACUCGCUAUACUAAUCGGGGUUAUCUACCAAGUUGUGCUAGAGAGCACAAGUCUGAAAGCAUUUAUUCUUGUGGCGCCACGAACAGACCUCUUCUCCAUGAACCGAGAAGGUAUAUGCAGCUUUUUCGGAUAUCUUGCCAUAUUCCUAGCCGGCCAGGAUACCGGCAUGUUUGUAUUGCCCAGAAGCAUUAAUCCACGUAGUGGAACUAGUAACAGUACGCAACGAGUGACCCUUCUUUUAACGAUGGCCGUAUGGACAUCUAUCUGGACUGUCCUAUACUUCUUCAAUACGAACUACACAUAUGGGGCAGGUUUGGACGUCUCUCGUCGACUUGCCAAUCUACCUUAUAUCCUAUGGAUUGCGGCGUUCAACUCGGCUCAGUUAUUAGCAUGUUGUGCUAUUGAGAGCCUCUUCUUCCCGUCAUUUUAUAAUGCUACGGAUGCGAAGACGGAGCGUGAGGCGUAUGAGACAGCUACAAGUAGGGUGUUGCGAUCAUUCAAUAGGAAUGGAUUGGCCAUUUUCUUACUAGCAAAUCUACUCACCGGGUUAGUGAAUAUGACGGUACCUACGUUGGAUGUCGGGCCAGGUAUCACGAUGGCAAUACUCGUGGGCUAUGCUGCCGUGUUGACGACGGUUGCGGUUGCCCUUGAUUCAUGGAAUAUAUCCAUUAAGUUGUGAGCUAAGUAUAGACCAAUUAGAAAUCAAUAAGAAUAUUUUACCAUCUUGCA